AUGUAUCCUGUCCAGUACGGCCCGCAACCAUACGUAGCUGCUGUGACGCCUGCAUUCAAUCAACAGCCUGCUCAGGCUUAUCAAGCGCCUCCAGCUUAUCGACCAGCUCCAGUUCAACAACGUGUUGCGGCUCCUCCAACUUAUCAACAAGCACCAGCAGCUCCUGUUUAUCAACAACCGAGAGCUCAAGCGCCGAGGCAAAAUGCUCAAAACCAGAACAUAAGGCAAGGGGAGAGGGCGACCUUCAAUCCAAUCCCAAUGUCGUACACUGAGUUGUAUCCCUCCCUAUUGCAAAAGGGGUUGGUGGUUCCCAGACCUAUGGGACCUCCACCUGACCGUCUUCCUCCAUGGUACAACCCUAAUGCACACUGUCCUUUCCAUGAAGGUGCCCCGGGCAUGACCUAG